AUGGAGCGCCGCUGCUCUGCCCUGCUGUCGGGCCCGUUCCCCGCCGGCGCGCUGUACACUGGCGGCGGCGCCGUCAGCGGCAGCGGCGCAGCGGGCAGCGGCGCCUCGACCCCGCGGGACCGGGGCGGCGGCGGCGGCAACGGCGGCGGCGGCGGCGGCGGCGAGCGGGAGGAGGUGCGGAUUUCGGAGCGGCCCGUCGGGCGCGACGGCAGGGUGGUCCCCGAGGUGGUGGGCGUGAACCAGGUGGUUGUGGAAGACGUGGGGGCUCUGAUCUCAUUCUUCAAUGAGUGCUGCGAAAACAGGAGCGUCGCGAGCACGCGCAUGAACGACCGCAGCAGCAGGAGCCACGCCAUAUACACCGUGGUGCUGCACCGGACGGUGGUGGAGGUGUCUGAGGACAGCGGGAAGGUGCGGACAACGUCUUUUGAGUCAAAGUUCCACCUCGUUGACUUGGCGGGCAGCGAGCGGGUCAAGCGCAGCGGCGUCACUGGGCAGGCGUUCAAGGAGGCGACCCACAUCAACAGCGGCCUGCUGGCCUUGGGAAACGUCAUCGUCGCCCUGAGCGAGCCCGUCGCUGGCGGCGGCACCGGCCCCGACAACGCCACGCACACCGGCAGCAACGGCAGCGGCGCCGGCAGCGGCAGCGGCGCGCUCACCACGGGCGGCGGCGGCGGCGCGGCGCGGCGGGCGCACAUCCCGUACCGAGACUCGAAGCUGACGCGGCUGCUGCAGGAUAGUCUGGGCGGCAACAGCCUCACGGUGCUCAUCAGCUGCAUCAGCUCGUGCGAGGCCGAUUUUGAGGAGACGGCCAACACCCUCAAAUACGCAAACAGGGCGUGCCGCAUCAAGAACACCCCGCUGCCGGCCAAGUACUCUACCCUGGAGGAGGACCUGCUGCCCAUGCUGCCAGAGGGCGGCGCGGGGAUGGGCAUGGUGCAGAUCCAGGCGCUGCUGGAGGAUCACGCAAAGCUGAAGGAGAUGCGGGAGAAGAGGGAGGCCGAUAAGGUCGCGGUCGCGGAGAAGAGGCUGUCUGAGCUGCGCGCCAUGAAGGAGGCCGAGUCGAAGAAGCCCGGGUUCCAGCGGCUGCGCAUCAUGCAGUACGACGAGCUGCGGCGCAAGCUCACCAGCAGCCAGGGCCUGACGGUCGGCAGAGAGGCGGUGAUCGGCGACGAGACGCUGGCGGGCUUCAGGAAGCGCGAGGAGGACGGGGGCGGCGCUGCCGACGGCGAGGGCGCCGCCAGCGGCCCGGGGUACAGCCGCCCCACGACCGCCAGCCGCGGCGCGGCGGGCGUGAGCGGCAGCGGGCGCGGCAGCCCGGUGUCGGGGGCGGGGCGGGCGGCGAGCGCGUCGCCCAGGGACGUGUACACGCCCCGCAAGUCCAGGCCCGCCAGCAGCAGCACUCCCGGCGGCUCGCCCGCGCGGCCGCCCGUGCUCGUCGGCCGCGCCGGCGGCCGCGCGUCGGUGGCGGAGGUGCUCAUGGUGCGGCACGGCCCCGAGGCAGACUGCUUGCUCGAGGAGGGGCCCGAGGGGGACGCCCCGGAGGCAGGCGUGCAGACGGAGGGACUGUCUGGCGGCGGCGGCGCUGGUGGCACGGGCGGCGGCUGGGCGCUGGCUGCGGGCGCAGGCGCAGGCGCCGGGGAGGAGGGGCUGGCGGCCGCAAAGAUCCGCUGCAAGGCUGCCAGCAUCGACGAGGGCAUGCAGACCUCCCCCAUCGCCACCAGCGGCGGCGAUUUGAUAAAGGCCUGGCACAGCGGCGCCGACGCCGCCGAUGAGAUGCCGGACAAUGCCGGGUACGAGGCGCCGGCGGCCCCCGAGGCGCCCGAGCAGCAGCGGGAGCAGCAGGAGCGGCAGCAGCAGGAGCAGCAGCAGCGGCGGCAGCAGCAGGCCGCUGCCAUGGCGGACGAGGCGGAUGGGCCGGAUGAGGCGGCGGCGGCGGUGCAGGAGAUAGCGGAAGCGGCGCCGGAUCCCAAGCAGCAGCAGCAGCAGCAGCAGCAGCAGCAGGAGCAGGAGCAGGAGCAGGAGCAGGAGCAGGAGCAGGAGCAGGAGCAGGAGCAGCAGCAGGAGCAUCAGCAGCAAGCAGAGGGGCCCUUCUCACCGUUUGUGCAGCUCGAGUUCAAGCCGCGGCCAAACGACGAGGGCGCCCAGCGCAGCGCAGCGGACGCGCCGGCCGCGGCCGUGGCGCCCCCGCCCGACACGGCGCCCCCCGCCCCGUCCAUCCCCGCCGUCGCGCCGCCGCAGCUGCUCGCCAGGUUCCGCGUCAACCACCAUGACAGCAUGGCGGUGUUUACAGCGGCCACGGCGGAGGACUUCAGGGACGUGGUUGGGCUGCUGCCGGCGAACAGCGCGCUGCCCGCCAGCGACAAAAUGUGCUACCUGCUCGGCCGCCUGGAGGUCAACUGCGGCGGCCCCGGCGGCCUGCAGCACGCGCUCGCGCGCGUCGCGGCCGGCGAGGCGUCCAUGGGCGAGGCCGUGGGCCCCGCGGUCGGCUGCCUCAUGGCGACGAUGGGCACGAGCCUGAUUGCGGACUGCAUAUUCGAUUUCGAAAACCCGGAGGAGCUGGAGGGGGCGGGGCAGGAGCAGCGGCUGGAGCUCUGGGGACUGCAGCAGCAGCAACAGCAGCAACAUCAUCAGCAGCGGCAGCAGCGGCAGCUCAUCAGCGGCAUGUCGACUAUCGGCAGCGGCGGCGGCGGCGGCGGCGGCGGCGGCGCGCAGCAGGACCUGCAUUGGAGCAGUGCGGACCGCCUCAAUGUGUCUGUCGGCCUCCUCUACGCGCUCUGCGCGGCCGCCCAGGCCGCCGGCGCGCGCGCGGGCUUCUGCGUCCCGCGCCCGCAGCUGCUCAAGCGCUGGCUGCAGGCCGGCGUGAAGAUGCGUCAGGUGCAGGGGCCCGCGAAGCUGAUCUACCCGCCGAGCGCGCACGACUACGUGUACUACAAGGGCAGCACCGUGGCGUUCUUUCUGGUGGAGGAGGUCAGGGCGUCGCUGGAGCAGGUGCUGUCGGUCGUGCACGAGGCGGCGUGA